AUGGACACUAUGCCUUCUGUAGGCUUAACUGCCCGUCACGAUAAUGAAUUCUCAAAUAGAACACCGGUUGAUUCAAAUAUUACAUUGUGGCAAUUCUUAUUGGAAUUACUAGUACAAGGUGAACAUCCACAACUGAUUCAGUGGACAAAUCGGGAAGGCGAAUUCAAGCUUUUGGAUGCUGAGGCUGUCGCACGGCUGUGGGGACAGCGUAAAGCGAAACCGCAUAUGAAUUACGACAAAUUAUCAAGGGCACUUCGAUAUUACUACGAUAAAAAUAUCAUUAAAAAGGUGAUUGGUCAGAAGUUUGUUUAUCGUUUCGUCGAGACAAACAUCACCGAACCAGUUGCAUAUAAUAUGAGUCUGUGUCGGGCGAUGAGCAAUACCAGUGUAACAGCGAAGUCUGACAUUCAUCCUUCACAAGUCCCUGCAGCUCCACCACCAGCACCCCCGCCACCAGCACCACUGACAACGGUGACGACAACGACGACGACAACGAGCAUUGUCAAGGAAGAACCAAAUAAGCCGGAUCAUGGUAUGUCGUUUUCUAUUUCAUCAAGAGACAUCGUCAUUGAACAAAAAAGCAAAUGGAAACGUCACGUUAAUUCGUCGCGGUACAGAGCGCGAUUUGCUGACGAUGCCACUGAUUUGUUGAUGUUAUCGAGAGGAAGACCUUUUGAAGAGCAGUUUUUGAUGAAAAAUCACUGGACUGUAGAGCAGAUGUUCAUUAAACGGGGCCUAAAUGAACUAAUUUCUCUUCCUAAUGUGAAUGUUUUACGGGACGUUUUCUCCAGUGCUCUGCUGUGA